GGCGACACUUGGUACCCUCCCGAGAUUACGACGAUGAUUCAUCUACGCUUCGCUGCUCUCGCUCUUCUGGGGUCUGUCGUACGAGGCGUGCCCGCCGUUGUCGAAGACCGUGCGCCUACCCCCUUCAAGCACCUUGCAGCCACCGAGCACGAUGCAUCGAACGCAACCAUUCAACACACCCCGCGCGCCCAGAUCUCCGCGAACUACGUCUUCACCGCUUUCACCGACCAGUCCGAGUCGAAUUUAUACGUGUACACCUCCUCCGACGCGGUCAACUUCGAUCUGCUCGCGGGCCCGACGUACACGCCGGCGUCGGGCUUGAUUCGCGAUCCGAGCGUUGUGUACUGGAAUGAUCAGUAUUAUUUGGCUUGUAAGUGCAUCACUGAUUCUUCUUGUCGACUCAGCUUGAUUGUCGAUGGUGCCUAUGUGGACGGCGGUGUCCAACUAUGAAGGGAACCGGAAUUGAUAGCGCCCGCAGACACUACCGAUUGGACCGGGACGAACUUUGCUAUCGCGAGCAGUACUGAUAUGAAGAC